AAUAUUUAGACUUUCCUGAUGGUCGAUGGAUUAUAUUUCCAACUUGUCGAUUUCGUUCGUUUUUUUUUCAAAGACACAAUUAAUGCCCUUGUACUAAUAUAUUUCAAUGUUAACAGGAUUGCUUAGAUGGCGACACAAGCAAACAAGGAGGAAAGGUGUUGGAUAACAUUUCCGAUUUGAGUGCCGAUUUCGAAUCUGGUCAGCAGAACGUGUGGAUUGACGAAUCGCAGACCGGAGUUCGAUGGAAGAUUGAGGACAUGAACUCGUCGUGGGAAUUGAACAACGCGGCCCCUAAACCUCCGGCCGGAAGAAAUUACAUGCGUGUCGAUCGUGGCGCCACUUUGUCGUUCGGCAUCGCAGUUUUGCGCAGUCCAACAUUUCAAAUUCCCGCUUCCAGCAACAACAAUAUUUCCAUAUCGUUUGACUUUUGGAUCCGAUCCAAAUGGCCCCAGUUCACUAAUCUAGAGCUGUAUCUAAAUGAAAACGGAAACGAGAGGCUGCUUGUCAGUUUAUGGAACUAUUCCGACAUCAACAAUCGAAAUUGGGUGACAUCACCGGUACUUCCUGUUCGGAGCCAGUCGCCAUUAUCUAGCCUAUCUUUGGUUUUUUACGCGUACUGCGGUACAAAUGUCGAAGAUGCCGUUGCCAUUGACAACAUCCGUUUGAUUGACUCGUCGUUGACCAGCACCGUGACGGUCCCGACGUCAACUGACGAGUCUGUGACAACUGUUACGCAAUGUCCGACGGCAACUUCCAGUAACAAAAAUCGAGCCAUGACAGUCAAAGACGAAAGAAAUGUAAAGGGAAAGAUUGUUGGAGGUGAGGAAACUACUCCAAACGAAUUCCCUUGGAUGGCGCAUCUAAAGACGAUAUAUUGGUCCGGUGACUCAAGCAAUUGUAGUGGAACGCUGAUUGGAAAUCGCUGGAUCUUGACGGCUGCCCACUGCUUUUUCGGAUGCAUAAGUGUCGAAAUUCGCUUGGGGGCUCACGAUGUCAGUUCGAACAGCCUCGAACAACACCAGCUGUUGUAUAAUUCUACCCCUACCCAUUACUACUUUCACCCUGAUUGGUUUUUGUUCAAAGUAGAGGACGACAUUGGGCUCAUCGAGUUGAAAGAAGACGUUUCUCUUUCACAAUACAUCCGUCCCAUCCGACUUCCUAACCGCUACGAUCCGGAUCAAGUCGGCGAUUCAGUUGUGAUGGUCGGAUGGGGGAACUACUCAGACAUACAUGAUAGCGGAGUCAGUCCUGUGUUACGCAAAGUCAGCGCCACAGUCAUCCCGCACGAUAUUUGUCAAGAAGAGGCCAAAGCUGGAAAUUUUUCCAACGACAAAGUUAUUUGCACCGACGGAUCACAGGGGAAGCGUUAUUGCUACGGCGAUGGUGGUGGCCCGAUGCUUCACUACCGAGAAGACAUACAAGAGUGGGUCAUCAUCGGAGUGGCUUCCGUUGGCGACCCGAGUACAAAUUGUCAAGGCUCAGGCAAACCCAACUUGUACGAACGUGUCCGAAACUACCUCGAUUGGAUUUUGGGUCACACCGGAAUUGAGGAAGAACUGACCACAACGACGCCCAUCACAACGACGUCCAUCACGACUCCCGUCAAUGCGGGAACAACAACCAGCGACCCGAACGAGUUAAUUUGCCCGUAAUAAUCGACCGAAAUUUCCAAAUUGUACUAUACUUUCCUCUUGAAAGUAAUCCGAAUCGUCUGAGACAAAUGUAGUUUACACUUCAUCUG